CGAUUACGCUACACAUUCUUGCUUCCAACCUUCACUCCUCACUUUUUUUUAUUUUUCCGCGCCGAGGCUGCAGGUUUUUCUUUCGAUUUCUGAAUUCUUUUCCUUUCUCCAUCCAGACUUGCAAUGCUCGAUUGCUAGCCAACUACCUAGCUGCUUGCGCUACCAAGCCAAGUUAAGAUCAAGGGUAGGAAGAUGGCUGAGAACAGGGCCGCCGAGCUCAAUGGCGGCGUCAACGAGGACGAGGCCCUCCGCAUUGCCAUCGCCAUGUCGCUCGGCCAGGACCCCGCUGCUGACAGGAACGCGCGGGAUGAUGCAGUGGUUGACCUGACGAGUGAUCAGGAUGACGAUGAGACCGAGUCGGGCAGCGAUGGCGAUGGUGAUGGCAAUGAGCCCAUUGUAACCAAACCUCUGCACGUGCCCUCUUCGCCACGAAAACCACAAGACCAGGGACAGCAGCAGCAGCAGCGGCAUGUUGUUCCGUCGUCGCUUUCUGGUCUGGCCGCGCCCGGCAUCGACAGGAAGGCGAUGGAACAAGAGCGCUUGGCAAGACUGAACAAGCGCAAGGCGUCAUCGCCGCCGUCGGAGCCAGUCGAAUUGAGGCCACAGCAGCGUCAGAAAACGCUGGCCAAUGAGGGCCUCGGUCGCGUAUUGCAGCCUUCCAAGUCUGACCGUGAGCUUCCUUCCCGAGACGUGAAGAUUGGCGGCGAUGGCCGGGUGAGGCCGAAUCAGCCAUACAAGAACGAUGGCGAUGGCAGUGGCACAACUGUGCCUUUCGUAACCCGGGGGGAGCAACGAUCGCGCCUCCCGUAUCCGCGCGGCGUGGUCAAGAAGACAUGGGCCUACGGCCACGCCCGCCAGGGCGACGACAUCAGGAUCGAGGAAGUGCUGCAGAAGGGUAAGCUGAAGCUGGCCGUGCUGAGCUCGUACCAGUGGGACGACGAAUGGCUGCUGUCGAAAGUCGACCUCGCGCGGACCAAGGUCAUCUUGGUCGCCUUUGCUGCUACUGAAACAAAGAAGGAAGAAAUGAGAUCCAACGUACCUCGCGAAAGGAUCCGGUUCUGCUUCCCGCCCAUGCUGGGAGUCGGCUCUAUGCACUCGAAACUACAACUCCUCAAGUACGACGACUACCUGCGGAUCGUGGUGCCCACGGGAAAUCUUGUCUCGUACGACUGGGGAGAGACUGGCGUUAUAGAGAACAUGGUGUUUCUCAUCGACCUUCCCAAAUUAGAGACAGCAGAGCAGCGUGACACUCAACAGUUUACUGCCUUCGGCGACGACCUUUCGUACUUUCUCUUGGCCCAGGGCCUGAGCGAGAAGCUCGUCGACAGCCUCCGCAACUACGACUUCUCGGAAACAAGCCGCUAUGCUUUUGUUCAUACUAUCGCGGGCUCCCACAGCCUCGAGGAGAGAUGGUCAAGAACAGGCUACUGUGGGCUGGGUCGCGCAGCCAAGGCCCUCGGUCUCGGCUUGGAGGAGCCUGUUGAGGUAGACUUUGUGUGCGCCUCCAUUGGGGCAGUCAACGACAGCCUCCUCAGCGCCUUGUACUAUGCCUGUCAAGGCGACUCUGGCGUCAAGGAAUACGAGUCUCGAACUGCGGGGGGGCGGAAAGUCAAAGACGCCAAGUCGGGGCAAGACGAUGAUGUAGCCGCAAUAAAGCGACACUUCCGUGUCUACUUUCCCUCGGAGGAGACAGUCUUGGAGAGCAAGGGUGGCAAAGAUGUAGGUACCACCACGAUUUGUGAUCUUACUAACUUACUGAACCCACCACGACUGCUCUAACAAGGUUUUUAGGGUGCUGGAACUAUCUGCUUCCAGGCUCGGUGGUGGGAGGCCCCGUCGUUUCCUCACGAAGUGCUUCGUGACUGCAAGUCGACCCGUAAAGGCCUUCUCACGCACAGCAAAGUCAUCUACGUUAGCCGCAAGCCGAAUCCGGAGCACAAGGGCGUUGAAACGGGAAAAUCGGCGGUGGACAUGGACAUGACAGGGGCUAAUUUCGCAUAUGUCGGCAGCGCGAACCUUUCAGAGAGUGCUUGG